GUAAGUAAGAAAUUAACAGAAAAUAGUUUCCAAUGGGUCUUCAUGGGGACCAACUAUAAUUAUUGUUUGAUGCAAGAGAAUCGUGAGAAGGAUUAUGAGUCCAUUACUCCUUUCUCUGAAUCACAUUCAGAAUUCUUAAAUAAACUUGAAAAUAUCUACACUGGACCUAAACACUGAAUUGGAACGUUUCAUGACAAAUUAUACAUCUGGGGUGAAACUAAUGUUGACUUCGAUCAAGAAGAUGAGAAUGGAGCAAAAUGGGAAGUAGUUCCUCUCCCUGAUUCUAAAGAUACAUCCACUUUCAACAAAUCUGCAUGUAAAGAAAUGCUUUUAGAUAUCCCACUUAGCAUUACAUUCCAUGAAAGAGUUAAGCAAGUUUCCAUAGGGUUUGACCACUCUUUGUUGGUACUUGAGAAUUCGAAUUUUGUAUACUCACAAGGAAUUGGAAAGCAAGGAGAGCUAGGCCUUGGAGAUCAAACUAAAGCUGGAGUCUUUAAAAGAAUCAGCACUGAAUUUUCACAGGGAGUUAGGUCUGUUAAAGCAGGAGUCAAAAGAUCAUUCCUAAUUACUCAAGAUUUUCAAGUUUAUGCCUGGGGAACUACUGAUUUUGCAAAGAAAAUUAACGUUCCUCAACAUUUUAAAGAACUUGAUGAGCAUCUUAUAACUGACAUUGUUCUUGGCUUCAAGCAUAAUUGGUACCUAAGCAGGAAUCCUGAAGGAGAAAUUAACUCUCUUCUUUGUUCUGGAGAUAACAAGAAGGGUCAGCUAGGAUUUGAUUCUUCCAGAAAAUCAACUUCUUUAUAGAAAUGAGAUCAGAGCUACUUAAGAAUUUAGAGAAAUUAGGAAUUCAGAAGGUUGAUAUCCAAUGCACUUGGAACAGCACUAUAAUAUUGGGAAUGUGGGGAGAAACCCAAGUUGUGCUCAUCACAGGGUCUACAAAAUACGGAGUUGUUGAUCCAGAAAAAGACUUACUUUUAUUAGACUCUGAUAAGGUUUGCAACAAAGAGGACUUUGAAGAGCUAAAGUAUUUUUACCUUAAAGAUCUGGGUGAAGAGCUAAAUAAUUCGGGAAUUACCAAAUUUUUGACUCUUAAUGAAUCUUUCUUUGUGGUUACAGAAAAGAAUGAGGUUUAUGGAUGGGGCUGGAACGAACAUGGAAAUCUUGGAGUCGGAACACUCGAAGAUGAAUCUACUCCUACCUUGAUCACCCCAAAUGUGAAGAAUAUUUAUGGAAAUGGUGCAUACACAAUAAUUAAUUAUCAUGAUGAUUAA